AUGGCUGCCAACGGUACCACGUACGCCCUCUCGGGCGCUCACAAAGAGUUACUCGAAAAGUCGCUGGUCGAUUCCGACCCCGAGGUUGCCGAGAUCAUGACCAAGGAGAUCCAGAGGCAGCGCGAAUCCAUUAUCCUCAUUGCCUCCGAGAAUGUCACGUCCCGCGCUGUGUUCGAUGCCCUGGGCUCGCCCAUGUCCAACAAGUACUCCGAGGGUCUGCCCGGUGCCAGAUACUACGGUGGAAACCAGCACAUUGACGAGAUUGAGAUCCUCUGCCAACAGCGCGCCUUGAAGGCAUUUGGCCUCGAUUCCGAGAAGUGGGGUGUCAAUGUUCAGUGCCUGAGCGGCAGCCCUGCGAACUUGCAGGUCUACCAGGCCAUCAUGCCUCCCCAUGGCCGGUUGAUGGGACUCGAUCUCCCCCACGGUGGCCAUCUCAGCCACGGCUACCAGACUCCGGCCAAGAAGAUCUCAGCGGUUUCCACCUACUUCGAGACCAUGCCCUACCGCGUCAACAUCGACACGGGCAUCAUUGAUUACGACCGUCUCGAGGAGAACGCCCAGGUGUAUCGACCCAAGGUGCUCGUUGCUGGUACCUCUGCCUACUGCCGCGAGAUUGAUUACGCUCGCAUGCGCAAGAUCGCCGACUCGGUCGGUGCCUACCUUGUCGUUGACAUGGCUCACAUCUCCGGUCUCAUUUCGGCUGGGGUUAUCAAGUCUCCCUUUGAGCACGCAGAUAUUGUUACCACCACCACCCACAAGUCGCUUCGCGGCCCCCGUGGUGCUAUGAUCUUCUUCCGCAAGGGUGUUCGCAGCACCGAUAAGGCGGGCAAGCAGGUUAUGUACGAUCUCGAGAACCCCAUCAACUUCUCCGUCUUCCCCGGUCACCAGGGCGGCCCCCACAACCACACCAUCACUGCGCUUGCCGUAGCCCUGAAGCAAGCCGCAUCCCCCGAGUUCAAGGCCUACCAAAAGCAAGUUGUGGCCAAUGCCAAGACUCUCGAGGAGAAGUUUAAGGCUCUUGGCUACAAGCUUGUCUCUGAUGGCACUGACUCUCACAUGGUCCUGCUGGACCUGCGCCCGCAAGCUUUGGAUGGUGCUCGUCUCGAAUUUGUCCUCGAGCAGAUCAACAUUGCCUGCAACAAGAACAGCAUUCCCGGUGACAAGUCCGCCCUCACCCCGUGCGGUAUCCGUAUCGGUACUCCCGCCAUGACAUCGCGUGGCUUCGGCGAGAAGGACUUCGAGCGUGUUGCCGAGUACAUUGACCAGAGUAUCAAGAUUUGCAAGGAGGUCCAGGCUGCCCUGCCCAAGGAGGCCAACAAGCUCAAGGACUUCAAGGCCAAGGUCGGUGCUGGCGACAAUGCGAAGAUCAACGACCUCAAGAAGGAGAUCUCUGCAUGGUGCUACACUUUCCCUCUGCCCGUUGAGGGCUGGAGAGUGGAUGCUGGCAUUUAG